AUGGCAGACAUUGGAAUAUUAUUACGCCCACCUCACGCAGCUAUUUGUCUAGUGUUAUUAGCCUGGAUUCCCAGGAUAGCGAAUUCAAAUGAACGAAAGAAUGUCCUGGUAAUUAUUGGAGACGAUGCAGGCUUCGAAACGCAGGUGUACGACAACACGGUCUGCAAAACUCCAAAUUUAAACGCUUUGGGGAAGCGCAGUGUAAUUUUUAGAAAAGCUUUCACUUCAGUCAGUAGCUGCUCUCCAAGCAGGUCAGCUAUUCUAACAGGUAAAUUUUAAAGAUUUUCUAAUGAUCAAGUCUGAUGAGUUUUGUUUGUUUUUAGAUUACAAAAUUUCACGUAAUAAUAUAUAUAUGGGAAAAAUUAUCUAUAAUACAUACAUAUUUAUACUUCCACUCCACAUAAUUUGCAUAUUAUUUAACCUAAUAAGCUUCACAUUUGUUGAAAAUGAAUCAAAUGCCAUGGCCUUCAAGCAUAAUGUGGUGAUGGCAGGAGAUGGACAAGGGUCAAAAAGAAGGGUGGGGAGGGGGGAAAACACUAACUGCAUCAAAAAACAUAAAUUUAAAAACAAUGCAAGGUAACACUGAAGUAUACCUUAAAACCAUAAUCAAAAUGUGAAAGAUGCUGUCAUUAAGGCUACAGAUUAACAAUUUGACCUUUAUAAUGGAUUAACCACACACUGAUAUUUUAACAUUUAACACUUAAAAGUAAAUAAUCAUUUGUGGCAAAUGUUUUGUAAUAACUGACUUGAGAGAACCCAGGAAAUUUUGAGGGAGUGAAAGGGUUAUCUACUGCCUGCUUACCUUGAAUUUAUGAAAAUGGAUGGAGCUGUGUGUUGGACUUUAUGUGUAAACAGCUUAAGAAUAAUCACGAAAAUUUGUAAUGAGUAAUUUACUUGUACAAUGGUGAUUUCACUCACUUACAUGCACAAAAAUAUACUUUACAACAACUUUAAUAACAAAUGCUUCAUAAUUUCAUUGGCACCUCAGUGAGCUUUAUAUUUGAACUGUCAAACAACUUUUGAUGAUGUUUUGUUGAAGGUCUUCCUCAGCAUCAGAAUGGUAUGUAUGGUCUUCACCAUGAUGUUCAUCACUUUAAUUCGUUUGAUGCAGUCAGAAGUUUACCAUUGCUCCUGCAAAAGGCAAAUGUGAGAACUGGAAUUAUUGGAAAGAAGCAUGUUGGACCUGAAACAGUAAGUUACUGGUAAAAAAAGGGAAAACGUAGGAUUUAAGAUGGCAUAUAGUAUAUUUUCCUGCUUGAGGAGGUAAAAAGACAUCCUAAAAAAAUAACUCAUACCGUACUAGAAAGCCUCCCUUUGAUUGAUAGGUGUGUGUUUAGUUGAGAGUAUUUAUACAUUGUUGUGAUUUGUUAGAUUCAAGCACUUUUCAAAGAUAUCUGAAAUAAGUGAAGAUGGUAAAUUUUACUCUUGAUGAUUAAAGUGAAAGAUGAUGCUAUUCAGUAAAUGUCACACAUGUAUACUGGAAGAAAAAGAAAUACCAAUCAGUAGAUUGUAGGUUUGGUUUAAGUUGGGAGCUCUCUGAGUUCUUUUUUCUCAAAAUGAGCUUGUAUCAUUUACUGAAUAACUUCAUCUUUCAUAUAUCUGAAUUAUUAUGUAGAAGUAGUAGAAAACAUAUCUAGAGUUUAUGUAGCCUCAAUUAAACAUGAAGGAGGUCAGAAGAAUUCUUGAAAGUUAUGUAACUGUGUUUGGGUUUGCAUAACUGUUUUGAAUUCUUGGAACUCCUCUUGACUUAAUUUGCAAUAAUGUAAUAAUAUAAGUUUCGUAACCUUGGAAACUCCUCUAUUGCUAAAAUCUUUGGUAAGGCCAGUGCUCCAGUUUUCUUUCAAGGCAUUUUUGUGAACAUUGCAUAUGUGUUGAAUCAAACUUACAGCAAAAUAUAGUGCCUUUUCUUUUUGAUAAAUAUUGGUUUCUUUAUUUCUUUCCUCUCUCUAUAGGUGUAUCCAUUUGAAUUUGCAUACACAGAAGACCAUCACUCUAUACUUCAAGUUGGCCGCAACAUCACCUACAUUAAAGAACUGACACAGAAGUUUUUCCAAGGAUCUCUGAAUGACUCGCGCCCAUUCUUUUUAUACAUUGGCUUUCAUGACCCCCAUCGAUGUGGACACACCAAUCCUGAAUAUGGUGAGCUUAAAUGAAUAGCUACUAAGUUAUUAUAACUAAUCCUCAAUAGAGGGUUUAUAAGCAUGGAUAACAGGCAUAAACGCUUGAUUCUUUUGCCUCACUAUUAUGCUCAAAAUCAAACCAGCAUACCCUACCUAUGACUACUCUAUCUCAGUCUAUAUCUCAUAGAAAAAAACCCUUAUGUUGUGUUUUUGUGUUCAUUGAAGAUACUUAUUUGCUAAUAUCUAUUAAUUGGAUGAUUAUUUUCAUAAUGUGAACAGGAAGCUUUUGUGAGAAGUUUGGAAAUGGUGAAACAGGCAUGGGGCUUAUUCCUGACUGGAAGCCAAUACACUACUCCCCUGAGGAUGUGAUUGUGCCAUAUUUUAUACAAGACACACCAGCAGCAAGACAGGACAUUGCUAACCAGUACACAACAAUCAGUCGCCUUGAUCAGGGCAUAGGGCUUAUCUUGGAGGAACUUCGGCAGGCAGGCUUUGAAGACAACACCUUAGUCAUAUACAGCUCUGACAAUGGCAUACCAUUCCCAACUGGUCGAACAAAUCUGUUUGAUCCAGGCAUGGCAGAGCCCUACCUUGUAUCAUCACCUUACACCCCUGAACGCUGGGGCCAGGAGAGUGAUGCUAUGGUUAGUCUACUUGAUAUAGUUCCUACAGUCCUGGAUUGGUUUGGACUUGAUUACCCCACAUACAAGCUUCUGGGACCCAAUCCAGUACAGUUAACAGGGAAGUCAGUGUUACCUGUAUUAAAAGAAGAACCACAAUCUGGUUGGGAUACAGUCUUUGCCAGCCACAACUUACAUGAAGUGACAAUGUAUUAUCCAAUGAGAGUUAUUCGAAACACAACCUUCAAACUGAUACAUAACCUCAACUAUAAGAUGCCAUUUCCUAUUGAUCAAGACUUUUUUGUCUCACCAACUUAUCAAGAUCUUCUGAAUCGCACAGAGGAGGGUAAGCCAACUAGAUGGUUUCUCACACUUGAUCAGUAUUAUUAUCGACCUCAGUGGGAACUAUAUGAUCUCAAAAAUGACCCAGAGGAGCUGACAAACCUGUAUGGUAAACCUGCCUAUCAGGAUGUCAUCAUGGAAUUACAUGGCAAGUUGAAUGCUUGGCAAAAUAAAACAGAUGACCCAUGGAUUUGUGCACCAAGAGGUGUUCUAGAAAACAGGGGAAGAUAUCCUAUAACAGGUGUGUGUUUGUCAAUGGACAAUGGCACAUGAUUUAAAAUCAAAUCUGAAAAUGUUUUUAUGGUAACUUUUAUAGAAUGAUAACUUUUAUAUAGUGAUUUUUUUUGAAAUUUUUGAAAAAAUUCUCAUCACAGCAUAUUUCAUAAAGAAGGUAAAGAGAUUGAAGUUGAAUUUUUUCUUUGUAGCAAAGGAACAAUAAUUAAUUCAUAAUGUACAGGAUAACUUUUGUAUUGAAAGUUAUUACCAAGUAGAAUACAGCUUACUGGUACUAAAAAUGGUCGUGAUGCUUGGGAGAAGUACCACAGUACUGAUUUUUGUUCAGUCUAAAUUUUCUUAUGAAUCAUUGCAUUCCUGUAUCUAAAUUGUGGGGCAGAAACAUCUAUCUUUGGCAUUUGGUGGCAAGUAGGAAUUUUAAAUCAAGGUCUGCAAGAUUUGAACCUGAAUACUGAAUAAACAGGUACUAGAAAUGUACCAAGAGUCAAGGC